AUGGCCUUUCAAACCCAGCUGCCAGACGUACCGGUGAAGCAUGCAGACUUCAUCUCUCACAUCGAAUCUCAUCCCGAUACACCAUUGCUCGAGAUUCUUGAGCCAUACAAACAAUAUGACGCAAAGCUUCGUGAAGUAUUCGCUCAGGAACCGAAUCAUCCUGUGCUGGCGGACCAGCAUCUCAACGUUGUCCCUGUCUUCAAUGGUCACUCUUCCAGCCUCCGCAUCCGAGCGCGAGAUCUGGCCUCAGAGUCGCAAGAAGAGAAAGAACGAUACAUCAUGCCGCUUAACGCGGACGAGAGACAUCCGAAGGGUUCGCCUGCCAUUGUACAAGAGAUCAAGGACUUUCAGCAAAACUUUGCGCUGUUUUGCGAGAGUUCUCUGGUGGAUCUGGAUUGGAGUAACGUUGUCGCUGCUGGAUCCAGUGUGGUUACGUGUCUAUUGCCUGUUCCAGACCAAGCUAGUAAAUCGAAAAAGGCGCUGAGGCAGUACUACCACGAGACGAUUGCGCCGGCGAGUGAUGUGGAUCUCUUCAUCUAUGGACUCAACGAGGAGGAGGCUGUGAAGAAGAUCAUCGAGAUCGAGCAACGUAUCAAGGAUUCUAUUUUGACGGAAACCACAACCAUCCGGACGAAGAAUGCAAUCACUAUUGCUAGUCAAUACCCGACUCGCCACAUUCAGAUCGUACUACGCAUCUACAAGUCGAUCUCAGAGAUCCUGACAGGCUUCGACGUCGAUUGCUCAUGCGCGGCCUACGAUGGCAAGCAGGUCUGGGCCGCGCCGCGUGCCUUGACCGCGUACAUGACCCAAGCCAAUACCGUUGACUUGACGCGCCGCUCUCCAUCAUAUGAGAGCCGCUUGUCUAAGUAUUCUCAUCGUGGCUUUGAGGUAUACUGGCCUCUGCUGGAACGCUCACGCGUUGAUCCUACAAUCUUCGAGCGCAACUUUACACGUACUGUCGGUCUUGCGAGGUUGCUCGUGCUGGAGCGUCUUCCGACAAAGUCGGAGCGGGAGGCGUAUAUGGAUGAGCGUCGGAGAGAACGUGGGCGCCCAUCUAUCAACCGGUAUCGGAAUUUUGCGUUGCGGGAUAACAUCAAGGAUAGGUAUGAGGAUGAGGUUGCCGAGUGGGUUGAGCAAGAGGAUGUAUCGGACUAUCAUACCUUCACCAUCCCCUACGGACCGAAGUACCAUGCCAAGAAGAUCGAGAAGCUCUUGUACACCAAAGAUCUGCUCCUCAACUCAGAAUGGAACAAACCCAAGGAUCGUGAAGUCAAUCUGCAUCGUCAUCCUGCCUUCUUCGGGUAUGCCGAGGAUGUCAUCAGCGACUGCUGCGGCUUCUGCCCAGAACCAGUGACGCCUGAGGAACACGAUGUUGCAGAAGAAGAGGCUAAGAUCUACGUUUCUGGAAAGAUCUCUUUCAUUGAGGAUAAUCCAGGACGCCAAGCAAUUGGCUCAUUUAAUCCCAUCACUGACGAUGACUGGACGGAGAUGGCUUACGUCGGCAACACUGCUCGAUUGUGUCAAGCCAUUGUUGAUGAAGAUCUGGAUCAUGUGGUGGACUGGCUCGAGCAGGAGGGAUCCGAUCCCAAUUGCCGUGACUACACCGGCCGCACGCCAUUGCACUUGGCAGUAACUUCAUCGACCCCUGAGAUCGUCCGCGCACUAAUCGAUCAUGGCGCCCGUCUCGUGGCCCGUCUUGCUGACGGAAGAACGGCCCUGCAUUUGGCUGCUGCCCGUGGAAAUGUGGAGAUGGUCCGGAUGAUCAUGCAGAAGAGUGAAGAAAACGAAGAAGAAGAGGCAAAGAAAGAAGACAUUCGAAAUAAGGCGCGCAUAGCUGAGAGAGAAGCCAACAAAGGCGUGACUGGCGAGCAACCAACACCGGCUAAGGAGGAGGAAGAUGAUAGCGACGUCGACAUCAUUGAGAAAGACGAGGCCGACUCUGAUGAUGAAGCACGUACGACAACGACUGAGAAGUCCUAUGUUAAAGUCAAAGAAGGGGAGAAGAAGACUGACGACGCGGUUCCCGAGGAAGACGAGGAAGAUCCAGACGUGUACGACGUGAACGUGCUGGCAUGGGAUCUGCAAUGCUCGCCGCUUCAUCUUGCCAUUUUGAAUGGUCAUGUGGACGUCGUCAAGGAACUCGUCCAGUCGUUUGGUGCCGAUGUCCUUCUGCCAAUAAAACUGCUCAAUCAGCACGACAAGUCACCCAGGGGUGCUAUAUUGACCCUGGUGCUGUCCCUGAACCUUCCACUAGAGAAAGCCAAAGAGACGACCAAGACGCUACUUAGCCUGGGUGCGACUUCCGCCCAAGCUGACACCAAGCAGCUCACCGCGCUCCACGUCUCAAUUACUGAGCCUUCCAUACUCGAUACUUUGAUAAAUGAUGACGAACCGGCAGCGAAGCGCGCGAUCAAUCAUCUUGCUAUCUUCGGGUCAUCUUACAACCCGUCUGCGCGAAGUCCUCUGAUGAGUGCAAUAUACAAAGGGAACGGCCUCGCCGCGUUGAAGCUGCUUGAAUCUGGGGCUGAGCCUAACAUAGACUUCAAAACGUGGAUGAAAUCUGUGGAGACUCAAUUCGCCAACAUGUCUCGGCAUGACUCAGCACAGAAUCACAUUGCGUUCACACGAGACGUCGAACAGCCGAUCAUCCUAGCAGUCGAAAACGAACUUCCGGACAUUGCUCUCCGUCUCGUGGACAUGGGUGUGGAUCUCGACACCCUCACUAAGUUUACCAAGCAGAACCUUGAAAGUCGCUACAACUACAAUCAAAACGGCAUGGCGUCGUUGCUUGACAUUGUUCGGAGGAAGAUUACCAGCCUUCGUGCCGAAGUCGGUGGUGGCAAAGAGUCAGCGAAGCCCUCGUACCCUCACAUCAACUUGAAAGACGGAGUCGACUACCUGGAAGGCAUCGAGCCCGGCACGUACAAACAUUUCAUCGCCCAAAUCCAAAUUGCUCGUGCACAAGAAGAGGAUAAGCGAGCCAGGGAGAGGUAUGAAGAGCAGUGCAAGACCAACUCUUUCACUGAGCGCAAGGGCUGGCAAGCAAGGACCCAAGCGAUCGAAGCGUUGGCGAAGAAGUUCGAGGAGCUUGAGCAAACUUUGGUCAGCAAGGGCGCGAAGACGUUCAGGGAGCUGCGUCCGGACGUCGAAAUUAAGGAGAAUGGUUACAUGAACUACGGCUACCAACCGACACAACCGACUCCUUUCGAGAUCAGGUUCCACUUCUCCGUGCAUGACCUCACGGACGAUACCCAGGCUGCCUAUGCAAAACUAUUCCAAGCCGCCUGGGACAACGACCUCGAAACGAUCAAGGUCCUGACCCUAGCUCCGUGGGAAGGUAAUGACCCGCUUAGGGUUAGUGUUCAAGACGGCGAAUUCAACAGCAUCUUCGGCAUCACAAUUCUUCGUGGUCAUCGCGAUCUUGCGCGGGCACUCGUUGAAAUAUGUUAUGCGCAAUACCAGCCACCGGGAGAAGAUGAUGUCAAGAAGUCCCGCUACCGACUUGCGAACGAUGAUGAAGACGACGAGAGUGAAACGAGCGACGUUGCCCUAUACGAAGAGAUCGUUGAUGAUAAAUUCACAAUCGAGAACAUCGGCGAGCUUUCAACACAGGUCAAGAGCAGAGUUUCGCCUCUUUCGUUCAUGGCGGCGAGCGUCCAGACUUGGAACUACGUCAAGUACUUUCUCCCAGAAAUGCAAAUCACCUGUGGCAUCGAUAACCGCAAGAUCGACAUCCCAGGUAGAAUAGAUUCUACAUGUUUCAUAGGAACCUGGGCUGUCAUCACGAACGACAAGUCGUUGUUCUCAUUCCUCCUUGAUCUUGACGUUGAGUGGACAGAUCGCUUGGCUAAGAGGCUCGAUGGGUCCUCUGGCAUACCUUCCUUCUCCGGGUUUGAUUUUAAGUUCGCUAUUGAAUAUGGUCGUACGGAGCUGCUGGCUGAUAUGAUUAAGCACUCAGGUGCGGGGAUCGAGCUGGAGUCAUUGGUCAAGAACUCUGGCGUCAAGUACCGCGAGAAGCCCAAGUACUACCAGGGUCUCAGUGUACACGGAAAGAAGCGUCCCGGAUGGAUCAAUGCCGCUCGUGGCACCUAUUCGCAAGGUGUCUCAGACAGCGAACCUCCACUGUUGAGCGCCGCCUUCAAGGGAAGCCUUCAGAGUGUGGAGUGGUUCCUCAGUGAUGCGCCAGCCCGCCACUAUCUUGAUUUUGCCGAAGCAUACAAGCAUGAUAAGUACAUCGAGCAUCUCAACAAGAACGCAGGCGGCUUCGAAAGGCUGCUCAGGAAGUGGUUGGGCACUCGACGUGAGCUCGCAUUGCAUCUUGCAGUAAUGGCAAAGCCGAGACCGGAGUCCUUGAAGCUCAUCAAAUACCUCCUCGACACGAUGCCCGAAUCCCUAGAAGUCAAGUCCACAGACGGACAUACACCUCUCCUACUCGCAUUUGCACUCCACCGUUUCAGCGCUGCCAAACUUCUCAUCGAAGCGGGCGCAGACCAGACUGCACGUACGUCUACAGGCUCUAACCUCCUGGACGUACUCCUUGUCGAUCCCUACUCUAGUUCCACGAACAUGACCUUUGAUGAUAAACCACUGCUCAACAGCCUGCUGGGCCUCAUCGAUCCUCGGCUCAUCCCUUCGCUCCUCACAGAACGCACGUCCGUAUUGAACCCCGGGUCCCUCACGCCUGUCGCACACUGGAUGAGGACGCACUGUGGCCAAUGGAACCAGGAAGAAACCCACACCGAGAUCCUCGAAGCCCUACUUGACUUUGCCGCCCCAACCAACUAUGAGUUCCUCGAGCUACUGGACGGCUCCGGCGACACGCCGCUGCACUGGGCAGUGAAAAACAAGCGCUCCAGGUGCAUCACCGCCAUCCUCACGCGUCGCCCUGACCUUCUCUACCGCGAGAACAGCGUCGGCCGCACCCCGCUCGAAAUGGCAGAAGACGCAUACCUUGCAGACCGUGUACGCGACGCGCCGAAUCUUUACUACGGCAACAGUCAGUCUAUUACUAAGCGCCAAAUAGAGAGCUUCGCGGAGGACUACACUCCUGCCAAAACCCUACAAAGCGUAGAACAUAUCUGGAGUAUUUGCAAGGGUUUCGCGACUAAGUCGAGCGGGAAGAGGAAGCUGGUGAGCUUGCUGGAUGCGAAUGAGGUUGCGAAUCGCUUGGCGAAGAGACAUAUGGGUAGGAGGAAUGUGCAGACUCUUACGUCGAAUGACGAAGAGGAAGAAGAGGAGGUGGCGAGGGAGGUGGAUGAGGUAAGGGACUGGUAUCGUAUGGCUGUGAAGGGGAAUGGCAAAGAUGAGGAUGUGGAAAUGGUGGAUAGGACGCUUGGGACAGCGUAA